UGGACGACAAUGCCAUGGAAAAGGAAAGCUGUAGCGGUGACGUCAAGUUCGUAGCGUGGCAAACUCGUGGCAAUUCAAAAACUUUUGCCGGAUGUUUAGUUGUAAACGUGCAUUUCAAGCAGUAGCAGGCUGGCCGGUAUUGCUUUGAUACGAUUCGCUCAGCGACACAAUUUGUAGCGUAGAACAAAAGGCGAAAAAAGCUCAAAAAUGGUACGGUGGGUAAGUUUUUGCGGAAUUGUAGCUUUCCUGGCCGUGGCGGUAAGCGGUAGUGAGAAAGACGAUCUGAAAAUCGACGUGGUAAGCAAGCCAGAAAUUUGCGAAGUUCGAUCGAAAAAUGGGGACAUGCUGACGAUGCACUAUACUGGUACCUUGGCUGAUGGCAAAAAAUUCGAUUCAAGUUUGGACCGUGACCAGCCUUUCACUUUCCAACUAGGAGUAGGCCAAGUAAUUAAGGGAUGGGAUCAGGGUCUCUUAGACAUGUGCGUAGGAGAAAAGAGGAAACUCACCAUUCCCCCAUCUCUUGGAUAUGGCGAUAGGGGAGCUGGAAACGUUAUUCCAGGUGGCGCAACUCUUCAUUUUGAGGUGGAACUAAUAAAUAUUGGAGACUCUCCACCAACAACAAACGUAUUCAAGGAAAUUGAUGGCGACAAAGACAACCAACUUAGCCGCGAAGAAAUAAGCGAAUACUUGAAGAAACAGAUGGUAGCAGCGGAUGGCGGUAAUCCCAGUGAAGAAGUAAAAAACAUGUUAGCUGAACAUGAUAAACUAGUUGAAGAAAUCUUCCAGCAUGAAGACAAAGACAAGAACGGUUUCAUUUCCCACGAUGAAUUUUCCGGCCCUAAACACGACGAACUUUAAGCAUUGCUAAAUGUAUAAAAGCUUGUUUUUGAUAUCACUUAAAAACGAACUGUUUACCUUUAAUUAUGAACGUUGUUUAUAAAAUUCCAUAUAUGUAUGUACGCGUGAUAUGAAGAAUAAGUUUUCAAACCAUUCGAAAACGACUGAACACUCCGGACAGUGUAAGUUUAAGUUAAAAAAUAUCAUUCAGAUCGUUCCAUGUUAUUAUUUGUAAAUUAAUUUUAUAUAUUUUGUGUUAUUCUGAUACCUAGUGGAGGUAUCAAAAGUGUUUGACUUCUCAAAUGCUUAAUCACAUAAGUGGAGGUAUCAAAAGUGUUUGUCUUCUCAAAUGCACAAUUACAUUUGCGAAGUCAAACACUUUUGAUACCUCCACUAGGUAUAAGCACAUAUGUUAUUAAUCCGGAAAUCAUGUCUAAAUAUUAUUAUUUUGAUUGGCUAGACAUGAUUCAUGUAUAUUUAUGUUAUUCGAUAAUAGUACUUAGAAUAUAUUUGCUUCCAUCUUUCACUAGGUCAAUGUUUCGGCGAAAUUUAUGUAAGUCGUUGUAUAAAGAGUUAAUAAAUUAAUAAAAGUUUUCUACAAAUAAA